UAUACUGUAAACAUCGUUUACUCAACAUCUAGGCAAGUACCUACACUAAUCUGUAAAGACAUAAAAAGUUGUGCAGCGGAUCGACAUAAGAACAGGGGAGGCACUGCUCUUUAUCGCCAUUGAUAUGUACAUGUCUAGUAUGUAUACAUAUUAUGUCGUAUACUAAAUAUAUAUAUAUCAAUAUUUAUCGCCCAGCUUACCAUCGCUCGUUAUUACAUUAUCGUAUCGAUAUAUAUAACACUUUUGACCAAUACAAUUGCGUAUCUUUAUGAUUGCAUUGGGUCUACAAGAAAUAACCAAUCAGACCCACAUUCCUUUGCCUACCCAUCUUCUCAUCUCUGCAUAAUACAAUAGUAUCUAGUGCUACGCAUAGUACUUAGUAUAGUACCUGAUAGUACGAAGUUAGUACAUGCAUACAAGAAAUCAGCAUGGGUAGCACGGAGGUAACACCGAUCCCAAAGAAAUUAAACGAAAGCAACGAUAUCGCUGAUGUUUACGGACCGAACUUAAAAAUCCUUCCAUGCAAUAAUCAAGUGAAGGAACUGCAGACUAUAUUGCGAGACAAAAACACCACGAGGAGCGAUUUCAAGUUCUACGCCGACCGCCUGAUAAGACUAGUGAUAGAAGAAAGUUUAAAUCAAUUACCUUUUUCCAAAUGUGUGGUAACUACACCAACUGGUGCUAAAUACAAUGGUUUGAAGUAUCAGAAAGGAAAUUGUGGAGUGUCUAUAGUAAGAAGCGGAGAAGCCAUGGAACAGGGUUUAAGAGACUGCUGUCGUAGUAUAAGAAUUGGGAAAAUAUUAGUUGAAAGUGAUGCAGAUACCCAUGAAGCCAAAGUAGUUUAUGCAAAGUUUCCAGAUGAUAUAUCUGAAAGAAAAGUCUUACUUAUGUAUCCAAUAAUGAGUACUGGGAAUACUGUGAUAAAAGCAAUUGCUGUUCUAAAAGAACAUAACGUAAUUGAAGAAAAUAUCAUUUUAUCAAAUUUAUUUUGUACACCAAUUGCAGCUAAAUCUCUAGUCACUGCCUUCCCUCAGAUGAAGAUUUUAACAUCAGAGAUUCAUAGCAUUGCUCCAAAUCAUUUUGGACAGAAAUACUUUGGUACGGAUUAAUUAUAUUUUAUUAGCAUAUUAUAUCAUAAGUUAGUAUCUACAAUAGAUGAACUGAUAGAAAAUCAGGUGCAGAAGGUAACAUGUUUCUCUAAAGUAUAAUCAUAAAGCAUAAUACAGUUUAUAGAAAGAAUUCCUACAGGGAAAAGGAUAUUAAUAUUUUGUUUAUAGCAUUACCACUGCUAACUUUUGUAAGUUAUUUUUGAUUUAUUGCAAGGAAAUAUCAAACAGUGUGAUCAAUUGCGUAAUCGUAAUACAUAAUUCAUCAUCAUACAAGAAAUACAUAUUUGAAAUAGCAACAUCAUUUUUCAUGUUCCGUUAUCAUUACACUUCUGACUUGCAAAUACCUUCUUAACUUUUUAUUUAAAUAUUUAUACAUAAAAAAAAAAGAAAAUUCAUUAAACAUGGUUACUACAUAAGUUUUAGUACAAAAAAUCUCCACGCAAUUGUUAAAAUUGCACAUAGUAAAAAUGUAUAAUUUUUCACAAUGUUUAAGUUACUUAUCAAAUAGUCAAAGAAAAUGCUUUGACCAUUACUUAUAACUAACCUUAUUAUUUAAUAAUUUUCAGUAUUGAUAUCUAUUAUUACGCUUAAAUAGCAUAUAUAUAAAAUUUUAUUAAUAUACUUAAACAGAAAAAAUCAAUAUAGUACAAGUUAUAUGUAGAAGAAAAGUGUUUCUUAAAAAGUAUUGAGAAUUUUACAUAGCGUUGGUAAUACUGUAUUAUGUAAUUACUUCAAAUUUUGUAAAAGCAUUUAUCUUGUUUAUUAUCUUAUGUAUGUUUUACAAAUUAAUUUUUAUGGUAUUGCAGAAUGUAUAAAUAUAGAUUUUAAAGGUGUGGUACUUUAGAGACACUUUUCAUGUAUGGUUCUCAAUUUGCGAUUUAUAUUCAUAAUCUUCAUAAUCUUCAAUAAUAAAAAAACCUCUUUGUUUAUUAAAUCAAUAUUCCCGAAAUAUUGUAUAAAAAACGUGAAAGAACGCUUUAUGUUUAUUCUUCAACUAAUACCUGAGUGAAUGUAUGCAGAUAUGUAUGUAUUUUGUUCUCAUGUAUUCAGAGUAUAUACUUUAAAAACUGUGUAUUUAUAUUUGUAUUUAAGAAAUCAUGUGAACCUUCUGUAGAUUGAUUUUCUGUUCUUAAUGUAUAGUUGUAAGUAAUAUGUUUUAUUAUUAUUUAAUUAAGAUAAAUCAAUCAUAUAUAAAUUGAUUGAUCUUUUCUGCAUAAUAUAACAAUUACAAUCUUUUUUCUAUUUUUUGCUCUAUAUACUAUGAACUUCAACAGAACAAGUAAUCCCACAGUAAAACAUGCAUUAUAUGAUGCGCAAAGUGUAAUGAAAAAUAUCUUUUAUAUAGUUAUUUAUUAAAAUUAUAGUUCAGUGAUUGUUACAAUUUUAAUAGCAACAAAAAGUUAAUUUUUUAAAGUAUAUUUUAGGCCAAUAUUUUGUGAAUUUCACAAACAAAGUAUGAUUUUGUUACAGAGUAACAAUAUAUAAAGUUUUUUCAAAUUCUAUAUAAAAGAAUAUUAAUUUUCUCACAGUUUUUUUAUGUUGCUAGUAAAUAGUAACUUAUAAAAUUUAUAAAAAUGAUAUUAAUUUAUAAUGUGAACUGUAAUAAUGGAAAUUUUGUAUACGACAUAAGUUAUUUGAUAAUUUCCAAUAGUUUCAUACAAUUGUAGCAAAAAAAUAUAAAAUAAUGCAGAAUGUUUCAUUAUCUGAAUGAUAAAACAAAAUUUUUACUUAAUAGUUAAAAAUACAAUUUGCAUAAUAUUGUGGUAGUCACUCUACAUGGUUUAGAUAAUUGUUUUGGGAUAAAUUUGUCGUUAAAGCAAUUAUAUAAUUAAUAAAUAAGGAAAUUAUAGAAAUACUUUGUUUUUAAGUACAUGUCUUAAAUUGAAUUUAAUAAGUAUUGCAAGAUGUAUUUAAGUAAUAUUAUUUAUUUAUUAUUUAAACAUCUUGUUCUUCAAUUUGUACAUAAAUAGUAUUGUAUAUCAAGAUAGAUAUGUAUUUUAUUGUAAACAUGGAUCAUUAUAAUGAAAUUAAUGAUAUGAGAACAUUUAAUAUCUGCAUAACGAAACAUGAUAUUUUGCAUCAACAAUAUGUUUGGCAUUAGUAUUUCGAUUUUCUCCUAAUUCUCAUUAUAAUAGUGUCAUAUUGUUGAGUUUAAUUUUGUUUUAAUACAUGCUAAUAGUGUGUGAAUAAGUACAAAUAUUAACAUAAUAUUCAACAUAGUACUAAAUAUAAGUUUUUAAAAACAUACACCAAAAUGAUGUAUGACAAUGUUACUUACCAAUACUAAUAUGUGAUUUCAGUUUUCAUAAAUAGUCACAUAUACCAAAUUAAAAUCAUUUGUUAUAAAAUGAAGAACCAUUUUUAUAAUUAUUAUAUAUUACUAAAGUACAUACAAAUUUUCUAACUAUGGAAAAUGUUAAAAAAUGUAAAUUUAUGAAGCUUAUCACUACCUAUAUCACUAUCAUAUUAAUCAGAUUUUUUGUGUGACUGUUGAAUGGUAUCUAGAAUUGAUGAUGCAGCUUUUACAUGUAAUAAUCUUUUUUAAAAAUAUAAUUAUUAUAUAUUAUCUUUUAUAACUUUUCUUUACUGAUUUCAUUCUUUUUAUUUCUUUUUUUUUUUUUGCUCCUUUUUCUAUUAUGAGACAUACAAGAUUUAGAUUCUGAAAGUCUGUAGACCCUUCAAAAAACAAUUUACCUUGAAACGUGCCUAUAAAAAGAGCUGCAUUACAGUAUCUAGAGCUGUGAUUUUAAGAACCAUAUGUGCAUUAUAUUAUAUCAUUUGAGUGUACACAGAUGUCUGUUAUUACGAACAAUACUUGUACACCUGUUAUACUGUAAGUUACCACAGAGUAAUUUUCAACGUUUAUAGCAUUCACAAUAAAUUUAUAUUAGUCAAAAUAUUGUAUAAUAUGUAUAUCUUGAGAAAUAUGAAUAAAAUUUCACAGCAAGUA